AUGCAGGAUUACUUAUUGAGACAACUGAUAGAAGAUCAGAAAAUUGAUGAAAUGGAAAAAGGUGAACAAAUGGCCUAUUUGGAAACGAAAGGACAUGAGAUAGAAAGAUUGAGAACGGAAAGUAAUGUAUGGAUAGAAAACGAGAUGUUAAAUGACAAGGAGAAAGAAGAAUUUGGAAAACAGGAAAUACAGGAACAAAUGAAAGAAUUGGAAAAAAAAAGAGACACAGAGGAACAAAUGAAGGAAUUGGAAACAAAAGGACACGAGGAAGAAAACUUAAGGAUAGAAACUGAUGAGGAACGGACAGAAUGUGGAAAAACAGAUGGUAAAUGA